UUUAACUUUUCUCACACUGACAAGUGACCUAUUCCGAUGAUUGCAAUUUACAACUCUAGGCAUCUUUAGUCACCAUAUUGUCUUAAAGAUUAGCUGCUCCUUUUAAAGACACUUAGUGUAUAGAGAUAUACUACUUCCAGACGGACGUAUGCAGCACAUUCACGCUGAAGGCUGCCAAAUCAGUAACUUGAAUGCUUGGUGCCUUUCAAAAUCCUUGAGAGAUUUUUCUCUCCUGUUAAUAUUAGAGUGUUUUAUUGAUGUGGAAAACUAUAUUCUCUCACAGUUUCUAAGUUAUCCAUCUUUCAACAAUCAAAAAUGAAGUCAAACAGAAAUGUUGCAGCAGGACAUCAGUCUAUCAGCUCUUUGGAAGCGAUGCUCUCAGCUCUCUUCAUUAUGCUCAUGGUCCUCUCUGCUGGGUUAAUUGCAGUGUCCUGGCUGGCAAUCAAGGAAUCAGAAACAGAUGCAGCCCGUGGAAAAACUCAUGAAGUCAGAGGGACAUUUAAAAUAACAUCUGGAAUGACAUAUACUCCUAAUUUACAAGAUAGAUUCUCAACGGAUUUCAAAGUUCUUGCCUUUGACCUUCAGCAAAUGAUAGAUGAGAUCUUUGAAUCAAGUAAUCUGAAGAAUGAAUAUAAAAAAUCGAGGGUUUUUCAAUUUGAGUGAGUAUAUUCAAAACUAUUCUAGCAGUUACACAUUGCUGUAGGCCAACACUAUUCA